GCAAUUUGAUUUUCGUUGUGUAAUUUUGUAAAACCGCGAGAACAGAAGAGAAAGAAGGGAAAACGAGCGCUGAGCUGAAGCAGAACAGAAGAGCGUUGGGUGCUUACUGUCAUCACAAUCACAAGCCACAAGGGUUUGUAAUUUGUUUGUGGUAGCGAAGCCAAAGAACGAGGUAAUGGGUAGUAAACGGAGGAGCGUUGACGACCUUCACACGGCGGCAAGGUCCGGUGAUCUCAUCGCCGUUCAGUCAAUUCUGUCUUCAAAUCCUUUGGCCGUUAAUUCCAGAGAUAAGCAUUCCAGAACACCUUUACAUUUAGCAGCAUUUUCUGGGCAAGCAGAGGUAGUCAGCUAUCUCUCCAAGCACAAGGCUGAUGUUGGUGCUUCUGCUAUGGAUGACAUGGCUGCAAUACACUUCGCCGCCCAGAAGGGACAUUUGGAAGUUGUUCGGGCUCUACUUUCAGCUGGGGCCUCUCAUAAAGCCGCCACCCGCAAAGGCAUGACAUCAUUACACUAUGCUGUUCAAGGUUCCCAUCUGGAACUUGUGAAGUACUUGGCCAAGAAAGGAGCAAACCUUAGUGCCAAGACGAGGGCAGGAAAGACCCCUUUGGAUCUUGCUACCAAUGAUGAAAUCCGCUCCUUUCUGGAGGAAUUUGAAAGAUCAGCCAAGAACGGGGAAUUGAAAAAUAAAGAUGAAGAUAAAGCUGAAGAAUCUGAUCCAAAGACAUCAGCAUUAGGAUCGGAGGGUAAUUUGAGUGCUGAACCUCUUGCAGCUGCUGUUGAUGAAGAAAACAGCGAGAGAGAGAAGAGGAAGGGUAGUGAAGAUGAAGCCAGAGAAGACUCGUCACAACCAAAAAAGGCGAGAGUUAAGCUUAGCCAUCUCCAAAGUUCAGAUGAUAACCAAGAAGAAGAGAUGUAGGUUGGCAUAGGCAAUAGGCAUAGUAGAACAAACUUUUGUUGUUGUAGGCUGUAAUAGUAUGAGUUGGAAUCCCUUUGUUCGGUUGGUAGAGUUGGACCAUCUGUUGGCUGUUAAAUAACAAUUUCUUCUGCAUUAAUACAAUUUUAUCUUUAAACU